GCUUUUGCAAACAGCCCUGGUGUUUCUCCAACACUCUCAGCUUCCACCAGGCAGCCCCACGGGCAGCGGGCGGUGGAGCUGAGGGUGCUGUGCCCACCAGGUACCCUCCUCCACCCCAGUGCAGCCUCUGUGGGAUCAGGGCAGGAGGGACAGGGGCACAGGGGGCUGCAGGGGCUUCAGAUCCCCACGGUAAUUCCUCCUCCUCUCUUCCAGUGUCCUGCUGCUGAUAAAGGCUAGAGGCAACAUGUCUGCUGUUGUGAGUACUGAGCAUCCCCUCCCUGCAGCGCUGAGCUGUGGCACCCCUCGCUCUUCCCUGUCCCUUGGGGUGCAGCCCAGAGGGACCCGCACAGCGCCGGGGCUGUCCCCAGCCUCGUGGGGCUGGCGGGGAGGGAGGUGGGGGGCUGUGAGCAGAGGAUUCCUCAGCCCCCCAUCCUCUCCUCGCCCCCAGACGGGCACCUUCCGCAUCGUCUCGGAGGAGGAGCAGGCCCUGCGCACCAAGCUGGAGCGCCUCACCACCAAGGACCACGGCCCCGUUUUCGGGAGGUGCCAGCAGAUCCCCCCGCACACCCUGCAGAAGGUGAGGCACAGCCCAGGGACCCGCAGCCAGCGGCACCGUGUCCGGCUGCUUUCCUGUGCCAAAACACACGCCGGGGUGGGUCUGUGGGUGGCUCGGGGUCCCCAGGGCUUUGUGAGGAUGCUGAGGACCCUUCCCUGCUCCCCACCCCAGGCAAAGGACGAGCUGAACGAGACCGAGGAGCAGAGGGAGGCGGCGGUGAGGGCGCUGCGGGAGCUGGUGCAGGAGCGGGCGGGCAGCGAGGACGUCUGCAAGGCGGUGGCCGAGAAGAUGCAGGGCAAGGACGACUCCUUCUUCCUCCGCUUCAUCCGCGCCCGCAAGUUCGACGUCCACAGGGCCUACGACCUGCUGAAAGGCUACGUGAACUUUCGGCAGCAGUACCCCGAGCUCUUCGACAACCUGACCCCCGAGGCUGUGCGCAGCACCAUCGAGGCGGGCUACCCCGGCAUCCUGGCCAGCAGGGACAAGUACGGCCGGGUGGUGAUGCUCUUCAACAUCGAGAACUGGGACUACGAGGAGAUCACCUUCGACGAGAUCCUUCGUGCCUACUGCGUUAUCUUGGAGAAGCUGCUGGAAAACGAAGAGACCCAGAUCAACGGGUUCUGCAUCAUCGAGAACUUCAAGGGCUUCACCAUGCAGCAGGCGUCAGGGAUCAAACCUUCCGAGCUCAAGAAGAUGGUGGACAUGCUGCAGGACUCCUUCCCAGCGCGCUUCAAGGCCGUGCACUUCAUCCACCAGCCUUGGUACUUCACCACGACCUACAACGUGGUCAAACCCUUCCUGAAAAGCAAACUGCUGGAGAGGGUCUUUGUGCACGGCGAGGAGCUGGAGUCCUUCUACCAGGAGAUCGACGCCGACAUCCUGCCGGCAGACUUCGGUGGCAACCUGCCCAAGUACGAUGGCAAAGCCACUGCGGAGAAGCUCUUCGGGCCCUGCAUCGAGGCUGAAGACACGGCUCUCUAAAGCGGGGGCCGCCCCCCUUCCCCCCUAACAUAGGCUCAGAGGUGGUCCCCUAACCCCAACCACCUCCCUCCCGUAGCGUUGGUUGAGUGACUGCUGGGAACGAGGCGCUCCGGGUGCAUUGCCCCGUGCCUGUCCCCAUCCCCAGACCUGGCUGUGGGCCACCUGGCAGCCCCGUCCCACCUGGAAUAGGGUCCCUGCCCCUCCUGGAGUAGGGUCCUUUCCCUGGGAGCCAGCAGAGAAAGCUGGCCACCAGCCUGCUCCUGCAAAAAAAAGGGGGCACGGGGGAAUGACCAUGCUGGGAAGGGGGGUGGUGGCAGCCAGGAGGAUGUCCCUUUUUCCCUUUGCCCCGGGCACACCGCAGGGGUUCGGAUGCAGGUAGGACGUGCCUUGCUCUGCUUCAGCCUUAGCUUUUUCUUCUGUGGGGCAGUGCAGCCGGAGAGGGGCUCCACAGCCAGCCCUGGGGGCACUGGGGAGCUCCUGGGGUGGCAUCGGCUGGAGGGGGGACAGGCAGGAGUGGGGGUAACGCAGCCGGAGGCCGUCACAGCAGGAGGGCCCUGCCAGGGGCUGGCUGAAAGCUGGACGCGGAGAAAUAAAGAAGUGUUUAACAGCACAGCUCCUGGGUCCCUCGUGGCACACGGCAAGGGACAGGGGGAGGCUUUUGGGGCACAGGUGCUGCUGCUCAGCUCUGUUAGAGGCUUGGAGCAGCAGCCCUGCUGUGAACAGGCCUCUUGGCACAGAGAUCAAGGAACCAUCCUUCCCCAUCCUCCCUGCAUCCCAAAGCAGAGUUCUCCUUCCCCUGGACCAGGCCCCCCAAUUCUGUCCCCUGCUUUAGCCAGAGAAAACAGCCCGAAAGAUGCAAAGAACCCAAGAAGGGCCCAGAUGGAGCUGACUACCUAAUCCUCACUCUGUCAGGGAGAAAGAACAGCAGCCACUGAGGGUCAGAGAUGAAUUUUAACCACAGGACAGUGAAAGAUGUGCAGAUUUACCCCCGCAAAUCCCCUAAAAGCCUUAACACAGCUGCCUCUCCCAGCACUGCAUCUGAGAAGGAGCUCAGAUCAAAGCCGUUCACAUCAGGAAAACCCCAUGAGGAGCCCCAAAAGGAGGAGGAGGGCACGAGAGCUGCUCACGACCAGCGAGGGGUGGCAGCACCGCUAGCCCAGGACUUGACGGUCACCUCCUCCUCUGCCACCCCAGUAUUGCCCCCUCCUCCCCGUCCCCCAGCCACACACCAGCGCCUUUCAUUAGCAGAGGGCCAGAGCCCAUCCAGAGCCGACAAGAGCUGCAUUCAUCAGGGCACUGGCUCGGGCUCAAACCAAACAGGAGGCUGGCUCCGAAGCCGCCGGGAGGACGGGGCCUGUCUGGGCUGCAAUCCCUUUCCUGCAGCCUCCGCAGCGCUGCCGACUCGCUGAGCACCACGGACCCUGCGAUCCCAGCCUGGUGCCAGGGCCCCGAGGAGGACUGGAGGCAGCUCCUCACCCCGCUGAGCCCACCGAGCAGCCCCAGGGAAGCCCCCGCAGCCCUGGGGCCAGUGAAAACACAACAGCCUGGCUUGCUCGCUCAGGAAAGCAAUCACACCUCCUCUGGGGGAAGAAAAAGCAACUAGGAAAGGCUCGAGCAUUACUUGUGCACGCAACGCGGGCUGGAAGGGGAGGCAGGGGGAAGAUGAACACAGAGCUAGCUCCCCAGGCUGAGCCACCAGCCCGUCAGCUGCUGAGAAAACCACACAGGGCUUUGCUCAGGGGACAGCAAGGCUCCCCAUGCUUAGCUACUGCUUGAGCCAGGGCAAUUAUUCGAGAUGCUCCCAUUUAUAGAGAUAUCUGUGUAUGUAUAGGAGUGGCAGAGCUUCUCCCCAAGGCAGGGAAGAAGAGUGCAAGCUUGAGGCUUCUCCCCCCAAGGAGGCGGCCAGCUGCAGCUCCUGGAACAACCAGAGCCCCUGCAUUUACCUCCAGAGGAGCCAAGAAGUGGUCAGAAACCCAGAGGCAGGACUAAAUCUUGUGACACGGGAAUUACUGACAAGGGUUUCUAAGGGUUUUUCCUGUCGGGGAGACAGGAGGGGAAGCAGCGAGGCAACUCCUGCUUUCGUGUACCCCACAGGGAUAUAUGGGCAGCCCUGCUCUGAGGUGCUCCUGUUUUAGCCACGAACAAACAGAAGCCUUAACACCAAACACUAAACUCACAUUUAAGGGCUGGGACUGAAGAACUCCUCCAGUUCCUCCUUGAGCUAAUCCAAAUCCUGUGACUGAGGGAAGGUGUUCAGACACCCGUCUGUGUUCUGGUGAGGAUGACCUUGUUGGCCCCAUACGUUCCCCUGUCAGCCCAUCCUUUCCUCGCUGCUGCUCCGUGUGUCAGGAAUGACAGCAGGACCCCCCCACCCAGUAACACGGGACACAGCCACUCCACGGAGCACUGACUUCCAUAAGUCCUUUAUUUUUAAAUAAAGAAAUCCCACUGAAUCAAAGAUAACAAAAUUACAUUUUGUUGUGCAAUGACUUCCAUCUUACACCACACAGAAGAACAAAAAUUAAAGAAAAAAAUCAAAGA